AUAAAACCCACUGAACAUCGGUAUCUCGCCAAACAGUGCCAAAGUUUAUCCGUUUUGAACAGACUUAACGAUGAUAUCUACACGUUUUAUAGUAACUGUGAUUACUGUGACCAUUUGGAUCGGAACGGCUAAUGGCGAAGGUUGUCGCAUUCGACGAGCUAAUCCGGAAGAAUUUGCUGACGCGUUUGGUCAACCAGCAGCAAAGACACAUGCUGGAAGAUGUAUCUAUGACUGUAUGUUACGUUUGACUGAAGUGUUAAAGGGAGGCGGUCUCGUUGACGUCGAUAAAGUGGUGAAAAAGUUACGAGCAAUUACAUCGCAGGAUAAAUUGUCGUCAGAGCAAAUUAACAAGAUAGAGAAUGCCAUCAAGAGAUGCACGAAUCAUAGGCAUUUAAGUGAAGACAAAUGUGAAACUGCUGGAAUUUUUGUACUUUGUGGCUCGGAGGAGGUGGCAAAGGAAGGAUUGCCACCAAGGACUCUAGUUAAUGCUCUGCUAGCCAUUUAUUUCGACUUACCACAGCGGAUAACCGACGAGCCAUCACCGUAUGGGAAAGGUACAUUCCUAUUUCCAGCGUUGUGGGACAAGAUAAGCGAAUUCGUGAAUAGUUUUUCAACGGAAUGAGAGCCGCAUCACAGCGGAAUAAAAACAAAUCUUUCAAAAUAUUAACCGACAAUAGCAACUGAAAAGUUAAAAAGCA